AUGCAGGAACUCGUGCUUUAUGGAGUUCCCAAAUUCACUUCGCAGCGGCGGACGGUUGACAUUCCAACUCCCGGCCCGGAUGAGGUCUUGAUCAAGGUUCGGCGCGGCGAGGAUAGAGCGCUGAACGCGGGAGACGGCAUGUCGGGAACCGUCGAGCGCGUGGGCAGCAACGUGUUUGAAUUCAAGCAAGGCGACCGUGUCGCAGCCUUUCAUCGCAUGGGCGAGCCAUUCGGCACCUACGCCGAAUAUCCCAUUGCCCAGCAUCAACCACAUCUAGGCCUAUACCAGGGCCUCGGCUUGCCUCUCCCCACGGUGGCCGGUCAAAAGGACACCCCCGUGCUCAUCUACGGCGGCGCCACUGCCGUCGGUGCAUUUGCUCUUCAGCUCGCCAAGCUCAGCAAAUUAAGUCCUAUCAUCACAGUGGCGGGCUCUGGAAUCGGGUUCGUUGAGUCCCUAGGCGCGACGACGCACAUUAUCGACUAUCGCAAGGGCGGUGUAGCCCGGGCCAUUCUUGCCGCACUUGGGGGCAAACAGAUGCACCACGCUUUGGACGCAGUCUCUGGCAAGAAAAUUUAUGAGGUUGUCAGCGAAGUUCUCGCGGCCUCUGGUGGAGGCAAGAUCAACAUGCUUGAUCCCGCUGAGGACGAGGGCUGGAAGUUCCCCGAAAACGUCGAGCUCUCGUUGACCUUUGUGGCCAGUUCCUACUCCCAGAAGCACCCUGGAAUCACCGAGGAGCAGGCUGAGGCGGACGGCGAGUUUGCCUACUUCUUCUAUCGCUAUCUUUCCUACCUUCUGGCCUAUGGCAAAUUUAAGCCCCACCAGCACAAGGUAAUUCCCAAUGGGCUGGAAGGGAUCACCGAGGGAGUCUAG